AUGGUCUCUUUGAUUUCACUGUCGAUGGACAUGGAUGACCAGAGUGCGCUCUCGCUUGUCAACGAGUUGGAGAACGCGGUGAUGCGGCUGCACGACGAGAGCAUCGACCGGCAGAGCAGCAACAGCACCUCCAGGGCAGAAUACCAGCGACUGAUGGAUAGCCACACAAAACGUGCGGCGGUCAUGGAGGAGUACCGGCUGAUGGUGGAGCGCCGGAGGAGACAGUGCCAGCAGCAGCCCGCCCAGUGUGUGGAGGCUGCAGAGGCCGACGGUAUUAUUUUGAGCGAAGGCCAAAUUGUGAACGAGGCGGCAGUGUCCGACAGGAAGGCGCCCAAGACGGGGGCUCAUCCCGCCGGUGAAAUUUCCGUGACAUCUCCCACCGCCAGCAUCAUCGCCACUGCUGCCAGUGUGACCUCUUCUCUUCGUAGUAGUUCAUUCAAAUGGAAACGGCCGCGGGGCGCUUUUACUGGCAGCACGGCGAGUUCAGCGGCGAAACAGCGUGCAAAAGUAAACUCCGCGCCAAGCACCCCGCGAGGAGGCGAAAA